ACACCAAUAGAAGUCUCCUUUAUUAGCGCGUUGUUUGUCCAUUGGCGUUAAGGGUGGUUGGAUUAUGCCACACAAGCUACCUUUUCGUGUCGUGUAUGUUUCAAGUCAAGACGAACACUUCCCUGCCACAGAACUGAAUCACCACCAUCCAGGUACUAAAGGAUGGGUUUCUGCUCGCUUUUGUCCUUAUCCUCAACAGCUUAUUUUGUCUUUGGAAGCCAAAGCUAGUUUUCGCAAAAUACAGCUACUUUGCCACCAAUACCUGAUUGCAUCAAAGAUUGAGUUUUUCGUUGGAGAUACGCCGGAUGAUGAAAUGGAACAUUUUAAAAACGCUAGGUAUACUAGACUUGGAUAUGUAGCGCUUUCAGACAAUCAAGCAACAGAGUACAGGGCAAGAGAAUUAAAGUCAGUUCAUAUUGACGCUUCUGGCUCAUAUAUUCAACUGUUUCUCCAUAAAAACCAUCCGAAUAACUUAAACUUAUACAGCCAGGUUGGGAUUGUCGCUAUAAACCUGAUCGGCGAUUUCAUCGAUAGGAAUGGACAGUUGGAUUCUGAUGAUUCCCCAGUAGGUCUUUUCAGACCAGAUUAUAUACCUCCCACUGAAGACUUAGCGUUUGAUAUGUACCAAGAUCCUGAAGUUGCUAACAUAAUAAGAAGGCUAGAAAAACAAAAACAUCUAGCUGUUAAGGCUGAACGCUUUGACCAAGCUCAAGGUAUACGAGAUGCUAUAACUCAACUAAACCAGGUCGGUGAACGUCUCGGUAGAUUAGCGCUUGAAAAACAACAGGCUGUUGAAGAAGAAAACUAUGAACAGGCUAAGUUAAAAAAGAAUCAAAUAACUGAGAUGCGUACUAACUUGUAUCGAGAUAUUGAUUUAAUGAAAUUGUUGUCUAGUGGUACCUCAACAGAACAAAGUGAACAACUUUAUGGCCGACCCAAUAACCAUUUCCCUGAUACGAAUAAUGAUCGGAACAAGAUAAAUCCAAUACCACCAAUACAUUUUCAAAGUUUAUUAAUAACUGAUAAUCUAAACGAAAAUUGGCGUAAUAAUGGGCCUUAUAGUGUUAAUAACAACAGUAGCAAUAAUGAUAAUAAUCAAGGUGCUGAUUACUUUCCAUUUCGCCGUGCCUAUCCUUCAAAUGAUCCUGAUGAACGUCCUUUACCAGCUCUUAAAAAUAAGCAUAGAAAUAAUAGUCCAAUAGUCGAUCCAGCUGAUGAAGAGCAUCAUACAUCGGAAUUACCAGUCCCAGUACAUCACGAACAAUCUUUUGAGAAUUACAACCAUUCUGAACAUAUACCACCACUUGAUGCAGUUGAAGCUAUUCAAAGAGACAUUGAUACUUAUGAAGAUGAACAAACAAUGAAAUACUUAGAACAAGCAGCUCAUGAUCGUAUGUUAGAUGGUAGAGAAAAUUUUCAGCAUUGUAUACUUGAUCUUCCUGAGCCAAUGAGUGAAACCAAUCGACGUCAGGCUGGUGUAGCUAUUGAUGUUGUAGGCAUUAACCUUGUUACAAAAGCUUAUAGCAAAUCGUGGGUUUUUCGUGAAAAAGCUCUACUUGAAUUAGAACAACGUGUAACUGCACCGAAACUUCCUCCUCCUGUAUCACUUCCCGAUACAGCACAUCCUGAUCCAAAAGCAGAAAUUCGAUCGACUACAUUUCUUUUACGUCGUGCAUUAAAUGAUCAAGUUUUGUCAAUAUUUCGUUUAGCUACAAAAUUUGUUAAACCAACAGUUGUUAAUUUUGCCGAUAGAUAUGGUAUUCCACGACCUGAUUUAUAUUAUUGCAUGGAUAAAUUAACUCCAGUAAUUUUUCAACGAACUGGUGAUACUUCAUUACGUGUUAGAGAGAUAGCUAAACAACAAAUUUUAGAUAUGGCGCAAUGGCCACAGAUGAAGCAAAAUACAACGUUUUGGAGUGAAUUAGUUCGACCCUUUUCUCCUGUAACAUUAGAUCGUUUAGCUUUAAGUCGAAUUGAACUAGUAACAGAAUUAUAUGCCAGUCGUGGUGUCGAUCCCGUUUUUUGUAAUGAACAUGGACAUGUCAGUCAAGGAAAUUUUACUUUAGAGGCACUAACUGUAUUCACUGCAAAAUGCUUAGACCAUCGAUCAAACGAAGUUCGCGAAGCUGCUGAAAACCUUAUAGUUGCUCUUUAUCGUUCUGAGGAUCGAGCUACUGUUCGUAGACUUAUACCUUUAGAUGAUGUGAAUUCCAAUCGACAUCCUUUAUAUAGAAGACUACUUGGAAAAUUUAGUCGGAUCGAUGGAAGAUAUGAUCCACCAUUGAAUGAUCGACCACCUGGGAUUAAAGCUUCAGUCAAACAAAAAGAAGUUGAAGCACUUCAGGCAGACGUUCAACAACUCCGUGCCAUAGUCGAACAUGGCAAUCGUGGUCAUCUGGCUACACAGAAGCCUAAUUCACGUGUAUCACGUACUGUACCUUCACAAAGUUACGAUAGAAAAUCUGCUUCAAGAUUAAAAAAUAAUGAUCGUAAAUCUGCAAAUAACUCACAAACUGGGCCGUCAUCUGUAUCACCGAGUCGUCAGAAUCAUACGUCUAAUCAACAUGGUUCACGAAUUACAAAAAGUGACAAUCCAAACAGAAAUUCUUCAACUGCUAACAUUCAAUUGGAAAUAAAUUCACAGCAACAUACUGAAGAAGCAGAAUUUUUACUUAGUUUAGAUAAAACAUGUAUAUUUUGUGGAGAACAAAAUGAUUCGUUUACAGAGGAAGGAUUAGAUAUACAUUAUUGGAAAAGUUGUCCAAUGCUUCAUCGUUGUCCUAAUUGUAAACAGGCAUGUUGUUACGCUUGUCUUUGUUUUAUGUAUUGCAUGUUUAUAAAAGUAUUCUACUCAAAUAAUCUGAGCAUUGGUACAUUAAUUCACUAACCAAAAUAGCUUUUCUUAGAUAUAAUUGUAAUUUUAACUUUAGACUAAGUAAUUAGAUGGUGUAGCUCCUCUCUUGAACUAUUUAUGUCUGAUUACUUUAUGAGAUCUUUAGAAGAUAUUAGUUUACUUCUGAUAAACUAAGAAUUUCGUAUUAAUCAGACUCUAAGGAGUGUGGUGAAUGCCGCUAUUCGUGCUCUGUCUUUUGAUAUGAAUGCAUGAACACUAUAUCCUGUCUCAGCAAAAUUUAAUGAAAUGAUAUAUUGAGCUCAAUUACAUUUUAUCUCACUACUUCAAGUCAGUUGGUAUAUUUUUGGUAGUCAUUCAAAACUUUGGUGUAAAAUCCGGUAUACGAAAUUAAAGCCAUUAUUAUUCAUUACACAGAAAUAUGUUCAAAAUCUAUCUUGUCACUGGUUUUUAACUUUUUCUUUUAAAAAGUCUGUUUGCCAUCCAUAUAGUCUUACACUAAAUGAGUGCAAUUUUAUUAUUUGGUAAUGUUUGAUUUGUAACCGAUGACUGUUUGGAAUCUUCUUAUUUCUGCUACUGACAAUGGAACUGAGAGAUAUGGGAUCACAUACACCAGGGAGCGUGUUUCCUCAAAAUUCCAGAUACACCUUUCUUACAAGUGCCAAGAAGCACAAGACCUAGGUUCCGGAUUUCCUAUCAAUUACUUCAAACCUGAUAUUUCAACAUAUUUCUAGUCACUUAACUAGUAGCCAUAUUGCAAAUCGGUCCAUAGAAUCUGAUCGUCACUAAAAGACCGGAAAAGUAUAGUACUAGCUACUACUCGGUGAUCAGUCAGCCUCAGUUUUUUUGUAAUUUCUUAUUUUAAUAAACCAAUAAGCAAUAAGUUCGUCAGAUCAGAACAACUUCAUAAUUGAGGAUAAUCAAUGCACUCACUUCCACUUGAAGUAAUUGUUGAUGAUGCUGUCCUGAACCAUGAAAGCUCCACAAAUAAACCAUCCAGCUCAGAGAACCAAAUAAUACCAAUCACCAAUUAGUAAAAAAAUUCAAAAGUGGCAUUCUACGCACACAAAUUUGAUUCACAUUGUUAUAAUGUCUUAUUGAACCGAUGAAACUAUUAGAAUAGACAGGAUGAUCGGAGUGAUGAACCCCCAAAAGGAUGAAACUUCUCUUGUCAGAAGACAAAAAGAUCGUUUAACUGACAGUCCAUAGAUUAAGAAAUUAUUUUUUUCUGAGAAUCUCUCGGCAUUCUCGUUCCUUUUUCCCAGUCCAUGUCUUCCCAUGAUAUCUUCAUACCCGGAUUUAUCGAUUCCAACGUCGGCGUUUAGGUCUCCUAUCAGAAUGUCCAGGUCCUUUUCUGAACACUUCACUAUGAUCCGUUACAGAUUCUCGUAAAACUGAUAUUUAUUGUCGUCAUUGGUAUCAUUGGUGGGUGCAUAACACUGGAUAACAUUCAUUGUGAUCCCCUCUAUUGUUCUGAAGGAUGCUUUGAUGAUUAUGCAUUCAUGAGAUUCCCAUCCCAUAAGUGCUAUACGUGCUUCUUUGGACAGCAUCCCUGGGUGCGCCGAGCAUUUUUUUUCUCUCUGUGACCAGAAUACAGCAGCAUCUCUCCCGAAUCUAUCCUUUUUUAUCGAGAUUGCGUCCAAUGUGUUUCCAAUAAUUCUGGGCAUCUUCAAGUCGUAUCUCCCCAUUUCCACUACUAUUUGACUGGUCUUCCCGAUCUCCUACAUUGUCCGGACGUUCCUUGUACCUAUAAAAAUUGUUGCUCUGGUUGUUAGAAAUGGCAUCGGCCUCGUGACUUCUGAAGAAUCUCGGCUUUCAUCGUUAGGCGUCAUAGUUCUUCCUUCAAACCCCAGGGCAAAGUUUAAAUGGUCUGAAUUAUUUUUUCUUGUUAGCGUUUUUUAGCGAGUUAGUUUUCUACGGGAUGGGGUCGCUAACCCCAUGCUCAACCCUCCUCCUUCACCCGGGCUUCGGACCGGCAGUAACCCUAGAAUAGAUGCAGGCGAAGUUAUUAUGAAAUUAAGACUGAUAAAUAUAUACAGAAGACAUUCAACCAUAAUAGUAUCAUUUCUCAGGUAAUGGGUCAGAAAAUAGAAUCUGCAAAGUAAUCACUAAAACUGCACUUCUACUCACUGUAUCCCAUAUAAGUUACUGAUUUACUGAUAUAUUUUUGAAGUGACGAAAUACUGGUUUUCCAUCUAUAACAUAACAAGUAUCAGUUGACUUAUGGUAACAAUGAACCGCUAUCUAAUGAACAAUAGGUUAUGUAAAUAGGCCGUUUGGUAUAGCAAUACGAAUUAUUUAUAUUGUCACUAAACUUAUUAUUUAGAUCAUCAUAUGCUAUUAAUAUUUUAGUGUUGUCUAAAUAUAUCAUACGUGCACAAACAAAAAUAGGUUUUUGGGUUUGGGAAUAUGAGAAUUUCAAAUUUAAACUACUGAAUAAAUGUAUUUAUCUAGUUAGCUGAUCAAGUGUACCAGUAAUAUCAGCCUAUUUAACUUGUUACAUAUUUAUAGGUAGUUGAAAUAGCUGGUUUAACAGAUCAUUUACUUAAAGAAUGUGAAGCUUGUACACCAGGACAGUAUGUUCGUUGUUCUAAAUGUUCAGAAGCUGUGUUAAAAACACAUUUAAGCAGUCACCAUUGUUUACCUAUCAAAUUAUCAUCUGGGCUGCGUUGUCCACUUUGUCAUCAUGAUUUACCAAAUUUACCAGAUUCAGUUGCUCCCGGUGGUCCAGAAGAUGUUUGGAAAGCUCAUUUAUUAGGUUCAUCCAAUAGCACUAUUCAAAUGCCUCAAUGUACAGAGAAUCCAAGAAGUUUACAAAAUCAACAACAGAAAUAUAAUGGUCAUUCCACAAAAAACACCAGUAACUCAGAAACUAAUAAAACGAAAAGUGGAAUUCCUCGACCAUCAAAUGUAAACAAAGUUCGUCCAGUUUAACAAACUUGUACUUUAUUUACUAUAGUUUGUUUGUUUUUUCUCCCAAAAGAAAAAUCAUUUUCUUUCUACCGCAGUUACAAUUUUAUUGUUUCAGUCUCUUCCUGAAUAGAAUUUUUUUCAAUUAUGUAAUAUUCUAUUCAUCUACAUAUUCUUGGUUCGCAUAAUAGAUUUCUUUUUCAUGAAUACAGGUAGUCGUGUAAAUGUUGUUUACUUUAAUUUACUUUCAAUAUAUAAUAGAUAACAUUAGUGUAUAUGAAAAACAAAAAAAACGAAGAAUUAACUCCAUUUGAUUUUUGGUGAAUACAAGCAAUUUAUGUAAAGUCUGUAAAUUGGUCAAUCUUAUUUUCUCAUUUGAAUCAGUCAUUCAUUGUCAUUAAAUGAAGUUGUGUGUAUGUUGGUUCAAAGCUUCAUUCUUGCAUCAUUUCAUGUUUGUAUACAGUAUUGUUAUAAUCUUAUAAAUAAUAUACUUUUGUUUAAAAGAAAAUAUCAUUCAAAUAACUUAUUGUUUUGAUGAAUUUCAGUUGUUCAUACUACUGUUAAUAAUAAUUAUGUGCCUAUUAUUAACUCUGUUACAUUUUGUUUACGAUUUAACGCCGGUAUUCUCAUAGCCGGUAUAUCUGUGUGUUUGCUAAAGUAUUCGUUUAUUGUACUUUACAAUUCUUAUUUUUUAUCAUUCAUUAAUCAAAUCAAGAUUAAGCAUUUU